AUCUGUGGUAGACGCGACGACCGAAGACUGCAAUUCCGCGUAAGAGACUUUCGAGCCCAGACAAAGUCUCGUGAUUAAGCAGGAAGAAGGAGAGAUUGUGAAGAGAAAUAUAGAAAAAUUCACUGCCAUGGAGAAGAAGAUUUGGUCGGUGUUACUUAUCUUGUUUCUGUCUGUGACGUUUUCGGAUCGCUCUGUAGCAGCCAAUUGGUGGCAAAAUAAAAAGCAGGCAACAUCGUCGACUAGCAACAGUGUUGGCUCUUCCGUUAUAUUUCGUGUUGAAGGAAAUGUAUAUCCCGAUGGGUUGUACUAUGUGACCUUCAACAUCGGCAACCCACCCAAGCCUUACUACCUCGAUUUAGACACAGGUAGUGACCUCACAUGGCUCCAAUGCGAUGCCCCCUGUGUCCACUGCGACAAGGUGCCUCACUCUCUUUACAAACCCAACAAGAAUAACUUGGUAAUCUGCAAGGAACAAAUCUGUACCUCGCUUGAUUCCAAUGACUGCCACAACCCAAAUGAGCAAUGUGACUACAGCAUUGAGUACGCUGAUCAUGGUUCCUCCCUUGGUGUCCUCACCAGGGAUAUCUUCCCACUCAGAUUCACCAAUGGAUCAGUUCAUACACCCCGUUUGGCUUUUGGAUGUGGUUAUGAUCAGCAAGGUUUCUGUACGGGAUCUGUGUGUCCCACAGAUGGAAUACUGGGCCUUGGUAAUGGCGGAGCCAGCAUCAUAUCUCAGCUCAAAAGCCAGGGACUGACUAAGAACGUGAUAGGCCACUGUUUGAGUGGGACUAAUGGAGGGUACCUUUUCUUUGGUGAUGAUGUUGUUCCUUCUUCUGGGGUUGUUUGGACACCAAUGUCAAUUACAUCUUUUGACAGCAAACACUACUCCCCUGGUCCUGCUGAUCUCAGCUAUGGAGGAAAACCUACUGGUAUUACUGGUCUUCGAACAAUUUUUGACAGUGGGAGCUCCUACACCUACUUCAAUUCCAUGGCUUACCAAGCUUUAAUCACUGUGGUGAAGAAAAAUUUGCUUGGAAAGCCACUGAAAGAAGCAGCUGAUGACCAUACAUUACCUCUGUGCUGGAAAAGAGCAAAAGCUUUUAAAUCUGUAGGCGAGGCCAAGACAUACUUCAGCUCUGUAGUUCUGAACUUCGGUGGUGGCAAGAAAGCUCGACUUGAAAUUAGCCCUGAAUCUUAUCUGAUUAUUUCUAAAAAUGGGAAUGUUUGUUUGGGAAUUCUGAAUGGCACUGAAGUAGGACUGGAUACUCUCAACCUCGUUGGAGAUACUUCCAUGAGGAACAAAAUGGUGAUUUAUGACAAUGAGAAGCAACAGAUUGGAUGGAUCCCUGCAGAUUGCAACAGGCUUCCCAAGUCUGGAACUGUCCAUUAGUGAUUUUACUUCCUUUUUUAUGUGGCUCUGCACACACCAGCUUGGAUAUAUUAACAGAAUAAUGUCCCGCAACAUAUGAUCUGCAGGAAGACCAAUAAGUUGGAUAGCAACAAAAGCUUGGAGCCCAUUACUAAUAUUAAGGAAUAGAUACAUUCC